AUGUCCAGUAUCUACGCACAUAGGACACUCCAGCCCUCGGGCCCGCCCGGCCCGCAGUCCUCGGCUGCCCAGCGCGUAGACGCCGCUCUGGACUCCCUCCGCCACGAGUUUGACGUCCUACAUGGGGAGAUGCAGAUAUUGCGUCCACAACGCGAGGAGUACGAGGCAAAGAUCUCCUCGCAGGUGAACGAAGUGAACAUUAUCCGCCAGGCGCUGUAUGAGCUCGAGGCCCAGCACCAGAAGGUGCGAGCGGACUACGAGAACGAGUUGACGCGGCUCCGGGCCGAGUUGCGGCAGGCGCGCGAGAUGGGAGGCCCACCGCCGCCAGGGCCACAGUACGCGGCGCAGGAGGUGUAUGUGCAACGGGACGCCCGAGUGGCCGACCGCGAUCGGAUGAUCGUUGACCGCGAACGCGACCGUGAGCGCGACCAGCGCGAGCCCAAACGCAUCAAGACGGACCGUGACCGCAUUAAACCUGACCGCACCGAGUAUUCACCCUAUCUGCCACCGGCGUCCGCACAGGGCGGCCCGUCUGGACAGCUCCCUCCGCCGCCUAGCCAGGGCAAACAGGCUCCCGCUUAUGCACCCGCUUUGCCUUUGCCGCCAGGCUCGCAGGAGGUGCCGAUCGGCAACGGCGCACUCGCAGAGUACAACCCACUCAACUCAUUCCUCGACGAGAUCGAUCCCCACACAGCCCCGUCGGAAAUGAAGGUCGAAGGCUCAGACUGGUUCGCCGUCUUUAACCCUAAGGUCAAGCGUUCGCUAGGCAUUAGCCUCGUGCAUACCCUCAUGCACGAGAGCGUCGUCUGCUGUGUGCGUUUCUCUGCCGACGGCAAAUACUUGGCCACUGGUUGCAACCGUAGCGCGCAAAUCUACGAUACAGCCACAGGCGUGAAGACCUGCGUACUGGUGGACCCCAACGCGCCCAAGACUGGCGACCUAUACAUUCGCUCUGUCUGCUUUAGCCCUGACGGGAAGUACCUUGCUACGGGUGCAGAGGACAAGGUCAUCCGCAUUUGGGAAAUCAAGACGCGCCGUAUCCGCAGCACCUUCGAGGGCCACACUCAGGAGAUCUAUAGUCUAGAUUUCUCCCGCGAUGGUAUGCUCAUCGUCUCUGGCUCGGGCGACCGUACCGCGCGUAUCUGGAAUCUCGGUGACGGCACCCACAAGGUUCUCGCCAUCCACGAGCCCGAAACGGUCGACUCAGGCGUAACGUCCGUCGCGAUCUCACCUGAUGCGCGCCUCGUCGCCGCUGGCUCGCUCGACACGAUCGUUCGCAUCUGGGACGUCGCGACGGGCGCGCUGAUCGAACGUUUGCGCGGGCACAAGGACUCUGUCUACUCGGUCGCUUUCACACCUGACGGGCAAGGCCUCAUCUCGGGUUCGUUGGAUAAGACGCUCAAGUACUGGGACGUGCGUCAAGUCGGUAUGGGGCCACCGCCGAGCGGGAAGAAGCUCGUUGACAAGGAUCUGUGCGGAAUGAACUUCACGGGUCACAAGGACUACGUUCUUUCCGUCGCCGUCUCUCACGACGGCAAAUGGGUCGUCAGUGGCAGCAAAGAUCGCGGCGUGCAGUUCUGGGACUCGCGCACGGCAACGGUCCAGCUUAUGCUCCAGGGACACAAGAACUCGGUCAUCAGCAUCGAUCUGAGUCCCGCGACGAGCCUCCUCGCUACUGGAUCCGGCGACUGGGCUGCUCGAAUAUGGAACUACACCCCCGUCUAA